AUGGAGCACGCAAAUGGCUCCGUCAACGGCUUCGCCAAAACAAAGAAUGGCCUCAACGGCGUGAAUGGCUUAAAUGGCUUCAGCUCGUCCAUCAACACCCACAGCGCGACGCCUCAGAGGAGGUCAACACCGCGGCCACGUCGGGGACGUCUCUCAUGGAUCUUCAGUGUGCUUGCUCGGCUGUUCACCUGGUACUCGAUCCUGAGCAUUCUCUUCCGAUGUCCAGCCACACUCGAAGAAUGCACCGAUGCCGCGCCCCGGAUCUGCAAACCGUACUUCCAGCUUAAGCACGCUGUCUCUCCCCAUGUCGAGCCUUAUUACCAUACGUACGCUGCUCCUUACGUCGAGCUCGCGAAACCCUACUACGAGACGGUCGACCAGAGAGUCCUGACGCCUUCCUGGGCUUAUGCCACCAAGUACGGAUCCCCUCGCGUCGCCCAGGCCCAGGCGUUCGGUAAGGAGAAAUGGGAAAAGAACCUGCAGCCAGAGUUGGUCAAGUACCAAGCUCUCGCUCAGGCCAAAUACGAUGAGACCCUCGCUCCUCAUGUCAACCAGCUGUCUUCGACCGUCGCGCCAUACUACGAGGUAGCCAGGACGAAUGCUCUCCAGAUGUACCACGACUACGUUCUGCCAAGCUACGUGUUUGUAGAGCCCUACGCGCAGCAGGGCUACACCGCCGCCUCCACAUUCACAACUGAGACGGCGGUUCCCUCCGCCGUCUGGGCUUGGAACAAGACCCUUCUCUUCCUGGAUGGGACUGUCUGGCCCCAGCUGCGCUCCUUGUACACGGAGAAUGUCGAGCCUCAGCUGCUAAAAAUCGGCCAGAGGCUCGGGCGUUAUAAUGGUAAUAAUACACAGAAGGCCACCGACACUCUUUCCAGCACCGCGGCAAAAGCAGACUCAACCUUGACAAAGCCAACAUCAGCUGCGUCAUCCGCGUCAGCAACGCCCGUCUCCAGCGAAGUCUCAUCUUCUACCGUCGAGCCAAGCUCUUCGUCCGAUGUCGCUUCAUCCAGCCCAGAGGAACCCGCAGUUCAAAGCGAGGCAGCAAAGACGAAGCUGGGUGGCGAUCAGAUCCCUGCCCCAGACGUCGCUCCAAACGAGAGUGAUGUCCGCCGGAUCGCGCGCGAGACUGUCGCAGAGGACCUCAAAGCGUGGCAAGAGAAAUAUGCCAAAGCUGCGGACGAAGGUGCCGCUGAAAUCGAUGAUCGCAUUGAGGAGAUAGCCAAGCGUAUGAUCGAGAGACAAGCCAAUACCAUGGGCAAGUCCCUGGUUAAGCAGCUCAAAGAGACCGUCGACACAGAGCUUGCGACAUUGAAGGCAGGCAUUCAGGGCAUUGUCAGCGAAGUCAAGAGCGAUUCCCAGUCCCCUGAGGCUGCCCAGGAUAAGUUGACCGGCGCCGUGCGGAAGGCUGGAUUGGAAAUCAAGGAAAAGUCGCAGGACAUCCGCAACUGGAGAGCAAACUACGAGAGCGAGAUAGAGAUCAGCGUCACCAAGUUCGCCGAGGACCACUUCAAGAUUCUCGACAGCAUACGGGACCUAGCGCUGCAGAAGAUCGGUAUGAAGUGGGCGUGGAUGGACGGUGUCACCUACAAGGAUUGGGCCAAGUACCACCUCCUCAGGACACGCUUUGACGAGUGGCAGAGUGAACUCAAGAACCUGAUCACGUCCCACCCCGGGCUGGAGUCUGCCCAGAACGAAGGGCUAGCUGUUGAAGGUCAGGCUAUGGAACUGGCUCAAUCGGCGGCCAAAGAGCUUGCAAGCCUGAAGCAGGUGGCUGGUUGGAAGAUCAUUGCCCAGGAUGACUCCGAUGAGUUCGACCCUGAAGUCACACGGCUUGCUGCCGAGGAAGCAGAGAAGGCGGCACCUGCACCUGAAGUCGAAGCUGAAGCUGAGACUGCUGCGGAGGAACCCGUUUCCACUGAGGACGACACCGGCGCCACUAAGCUCCAGGAUAGUGCAUCCACUGCAAUUGAAGAAGUGGAGUCUGUGGCGAGUUUAGCCUCCGAGUCUGCUAAAAGUGUCGUCCAGGAGGCUUCCACGUCAAUCGUCCCGAGCUCCGAAACCCAGACACCCGAAGUCGCCGAGGCCUCAAGCGCGAUCCUAGAAGAAACUCCAGUUUUCGUUGGAAAUACAACCGAGGCCACAGAAGCCGCUCAGCCCGAGGAGCCCGGGACCGCUCAUGUGCCGAUUGACGAAGUGGCAGAGCCUGUUGAAGCCGACGUGUCAGCUGUAGAGGAGCCUGAGGCGUCAUCGGCUACUGGCACUGUCAAACCUGCGUUCCUCGGAGCUGCUGCCCAGUCAGUGCCUAGCCGCCAGCCGAUAUUGGAGGAUGACAGCUUCGAGGCUGCCGGUAGUGUGAUCUCUGCGAUCCAGUCUGAUAUCCCAGCUACUAUUUCGUCAGCGGCCAGCUCUGCUUACUCCGCCGCUAUGGCCGGGGCUGCUGAGCGUUAUUCUGAGGCGUUGUCGCUGGUGUCUGUCCAGGUGUCUGGUACUCCCAAACCUGCGCACGAGCAACUCCUCAGCUCGGUCACUGCGGCCUACAGCAACGCUGUUGCUGCUGCCAGCUCGCAAUUGGAUGCUGCUCUCGGUGCUGCCCAGCAUGGUCUCUUCGCCACUACCACCACGAGUGCCUUCCCAUCCAUUCCGACUUUUGUGGACUGGGUUCACGUGGAGUCAAUUGCGGCUUCCAGACUGAACGAGGGCAGGUCCUGGGCCGAAGCACAGUAUGAGAGCGCCAAGAUUGCCAUUGGUGCGGCGACUCCCACACCAACAGAUAUCUCUGGAACCGCCUCGUCUGUGGCCUCUGUUGCCGGAGAAUCCCUAUCCGCAGUCACCGCCGCGGCGGGCGCAAACGCUGAGAAGCUUCUACAAAAUGCGCAGUACAACUACUAUGCCGGGCUCGGCAUCGCACAAGCUCGAUACUCCGAGUUCCUGGCGGCCGCGUCGAGUGCCUUCAGCUCUAUAACUGCGACCCCCACCCCGACAGACUUCGCUGGAAGCGUCUCAUCUGCCGCCUCAGUCGCUAGCGAAUCUGCUGCUUCUAUUGCUUCAAUCGCUCAGGAGAAUGCUUCGGCGGCAGCAUCUGUUGUCGGUGAGAAUGUGAGCUCAGUCGCCGCGGCUGGCUACGAGAAUGUUGCCCAGGCAGCCGAGGCUGCUGGUACAUUCGCUCAGGAGAACUGGAACGCGGUAUUGGACCAGGUCAGCAUUCAGAUCUACGGAGCCGCUACCCCUACCCCAUGGUACGAGAGCCUAUACAGUGCCGCAGGCGAUUAUGCCGCCUCUGCAACAGAAGCAGUUGGUGGCAGCGCGGAUGCGGUCACUAGUGCGGCAGGGACUUAUGCGACUGCUGCUUCAGAAGAAGCUUCCAAGCAGUACGCAAUGGUCAGCAGUAUCGUCUCAGAGCUGCUCGUUGGGAAGGAGCCAACCUUCAGCGAGAGUGUCUACUCUCGACUCGCCGCGGCCUAUUCUGGAGCUGCCGACUCGGCGAGCAGCUUCGCCAGUGCUGCCUCCGAGACAGUUGCGAGUAUAGCCACAGAGGCAGGUGAGGAGGUGAAGCAAGCGACACAGCAUGUGAAGGAUGAGUUGUAG